AUGUCCAUCCCUUCAAUAAGAAACUCAACUGCAUCACGGUUAAGCUUGGAUGGGUCUGCUGAAUUACCACCCCAGGCCAAUGAUUAUCCCAGGAAUCUCUUUCUGGCUGAAGUACCACAGACUUCGGGAUCACCAGAAAGAGUCGGAUUCAUACCCAUUGCACACCAACCCCUGGUCGGUGCCGAAGCACAUAUAGGUUUUACACCUUCUUCCACCCUAUCAUCGGCUGGGCUUGACAGGAGUACGAGUAACAAUAAACGCCAUUCUCCAUUGCCAGAACUUGCUAUCAAACCCUCACCAAGUAUAGACCCAGAAGAUCUCGCGUAUCUCACUUCAACAGGCGUCUUCAACCUGCCACCACCAUCAGUCGUCCGUGACCUUCUUGGAUGUUUCAUUAACUAUGUGUACCCUUUAUUGCCUAUUUUAGAUAUUCAGAGCCUCCUCGAGGAGCUGGAUGGACCUAGCCCUCAAAUCAAUCUACCUCUACUAUAUGGAAUAAUGCUUGCUGCUUCUGGUUUCGCACCCCAAGACACUGUUGAACAGGCGGGGUUCCGAUCAAGGUUCGAGUGGAGAAAAGGAUUGGGUCGAAAGCUCCAGGUGAGUAAUAAAAUCCGUACCAAAAUGCAGCACCCUAAUACUUGCCUCAAGCUCCUCUACGAUUUUGAUUAUGAGUCUGAUCGUCUGAUAAUGGUCCAAACCCUACUUUUGAUGACCUACUUUCAUGACAAAGUGGAUGAUAGCAAGCACCUUUGGCAUAAAAUAAUCAACGCCAGAUAUCUCGCUCUCACAAUUGGCUUGAACAACGACCUGGGCCAGGGCAAGCUAGACGAUCGGAAGCGCAGGCUUUGGAAAAGGAUCUGGUGGUCGUGCUAUAUCCGCGAUCGAACUUGCGCGCUCGGUGUACGCCAGUACCCCACGAUUGAUAUCAAUGAGUGCCACUGGACUGACUUGGAGUUGGAAGAUUUUGAGAUCAAGUCUUUACCGGAAAGUAUGUGGAUCAAAACACACGAGCAUGGCUUGCUCUCGGACACGGAUCUUCAGUCUCAUAUGGCCAAAGUUUGCCUCUCCCAGUUGCAGCUUUGGCAUCUCCUGUCGGAUAUCAUGCACACGAGAUUCAAACCCACGUUUCCACGCUAUGGCAUAACGACAGAGACGUCGCUUGUUUUGAUACCAGUAUCACCUCAAGCCAAUCGAGAGGGAAUCGAGGAUUGCCAGCAAAGCCUAGAUCGAUGGUUUGCUACCCUUCCAGAGCAGUAUGCAUAUCGACUCCCAUCUUCACAUGUUUUCGAAUUAGGCCAUCCAUUGUUACGACUUCACGCCUGCAUGCUCUGUCUACUGUACAAUGGACUGCAAUGUGUCUUGAAUAGAUGGGCAUUAUCGCCCAAUUGUAAUUUACAAUCUGCCGGUGAUAUUGCGGCACGACAGAAGGGCCGGAGUUCGGCGAACAUGAUAUUAUCCAUUUUCGAGUAUUUGCAUGAUGGUGACAUGAUCCAGUACACACCUGGUUGGUCGGUCACUAUUCUGAUGCAAGCUGCUUUGACUUUCAAGACUGAAUCAAGAGCGCCGCAUUCACAAGCCGGCCGGCGGUUGCAGGACUGCACUGAUGUCUUGGAAUGGCUGAAAGAUCACCAUUUCCAUGCAAACUUUGGUGUUUCGCUAAUCAAAGCGUUUCUUAAAACUGCCGAUGUUGUAUCGACAUCAAGCGGGCACGCGUCUUCAAUUACCUGCGUAAGUAGCACAAGCGCUGCCACAGCACAAGAGACGCCAUUGAAUCCUCUCGACGACGCAACUUCUCAGCAACCAUUGCCAUGGACUGGCACAGAUGGUAUUUUGAACGACAUCUCCGCAGAGCCACCUUGGUUAGCAGAUUUUCUUGAACAAGAAUUCUGGUCUCAGGACAACCCCUUUGAAAGCUUUUAA